AUGUCUGAUGCUUCUUCUCUGAAUUCUGUUUAUGGUGAUGAGGAAGAAGCAAACAAUCAGGAUGAUGAAGAUCUCGAUUUUUAUGCGAUCUUAAACGUUCCAAGGGAUGCAACAUUGGAUGAAAUUAAUAAAUCGUAUCGGCAGAAGUGUUUGAUUUUCCAUCCAGAUCGACAUCUUCAUCCUGAUCAUAAAAAGGAUGCAGAGAAUUUUUUUUUUAAGUUACGCAAAGCACACGAAACACUUUCCGAUCCCAAACUUCGAGCGAUUUAUGAUACGGUUGGACUGCAAGGCCUUGAAUUGCAUGGCUGGGAACUCAUUUCUAAGUCGGAUAAUGCCGAGAAUAUUAGACGAGAAUAUGAGUUUCUUAAACGUUUACGAGAAACAGAAAUCAUGCUGCAACGGGUUCAUCCUUCCGGUUUGUUUGUCUGCAAAACAUCUUUAACGGGAGUUUUUGCUGCGAAUCCUGAGCUGAGAUCUCCUCCACAAGUAACUGGUUUAUCUCUAUCCCAGAAUAUCGAAUGUCCUAUGACAGCCAAAGACAAAGUGGGCUUAAGUGGUCGUGUAAAAAUGAAUAAUGGUAAAGGUGAUGGAUCAUUUAUGUUGCAUUGGAAAAGAAUGAUCUCAUCAUCAUGUUUAGUUGAGUUCAAUACAACUUUUACACCAGAUUCGAUAUUGCUAGGAUUCAAGUACGCUAAAAGUAUAUAUUUAAAAAAUGCAAUUGUGAUACAGCCCUCAGUGCAAUAUUUUCCACUAUAUUCAGCUGUUAGUCCGGUCUGCACUUUUAUCCUCUCUAGGAAUCUUCAUCCAUGUUGGCAAGGAUCUGUAAUAUAUCACUGCGGAUUGCAGCCAUCAUUGACAACAUCUUUGGUUCAUACCGAAUUCAAUAUGCCAAAGUUCCUUAUUAAUUUGACGAUAUCACCAGUGAAUUCAAACAUUCGGAUGGUUUAUACGAAGCGGAGUGUAGAACAGGACUCGUUUACCGAAACUUCGUGUAUAUUUUCAUUAAUGGGUAUUAUGCCAGCAGUUGCAUUUGAAAAACGUUUAUCAAGAUAUUCUCGAAUAGGAUGUAAUCUGUCAUUUGCUUUCCCUUCUUGUCUUUUACAAGCUAAAUUUAGAUUGAAGACGGGUGCCUCAGUUUACGAUUAUCAAUUUCUCUUAUGUGAUAGCGAGGAAGAUUUAGUACGUUCAACUUUAUAUGGCGUUAUUAUGCCGAUUACAACUUUUUACUUAUUGAAAGGAAUUUUUGGACAUGUAUACGAACGUUUCAUGUCAUUGUUUGAAGAUCACUCCGAAGAGCGGCAGGUAGAUGCUGUUAAACGUGAAGAAGCAAGCAGUGUCAUAGAUCUGAUGAGACGUACGGCGGAACGGAUAACGAAAGAGGAAGAACAAAAGCAUGGUUUAGUCAUUGUUGAAGCGAAAUAUGGUCAAAUGAUUGGAGAAGGCCACAAUGCAUUGUCGUAUCCAUUGUUAGGAGAUCGUAUUGUUGAUGUCACAGUGCCAUUACAAGCUAUGGUUAAUGAUUCACAAUUGAGAAUAUACUCUGGAAAAAGUCAUUUACCAGGAUUUUACGAUCCUUGUCCAACAGAGUCGAAAAUGCUACGAGUUAUUUACAAGUAUAGGGAUCGAAUUCAUUCCGUAUCAGUGCCGGAUGAAGUUGCUUUGCACAUACCAAUGACGUCUCACCGUCUGUCUUUGUAA